AUGAGCCGUGGAGAAGUAAAAAAUUAUACAGCUUUGCCAAAAACUCCCAAUAAGACAGUGCAAUUCCAGAUGCCGUCAGGUGCUUCCAUCAACUACACUAUCUUCCAAGAAAUUGGAACCAGCACAUUGCUUACAAUGCAAUCUUUACACCAGGGUGUGAUUUGCAAGGAUAUCCAAGAUCAAGACAAUGCUGCUUGUCUCGACAUCACUGCUCCCAUUCAAUCACAACCCAAAAUGACACUCUGGGCAACCACAUAUAACAGCAGAUGGGAGGAGUUGAAGAUGGGGAUUCCGGUGGACAAGAUGGAUGAAUGGAGAGAUCUGAAUCAGGUGUUGGAUAGCAAUGACAUGAACAUUAUACUUUACUAUUUCUAUCGCAUUGCACACAGUGUUAUCUUCACGCUGAUUUGGUCUCACCUAUCAGACCCUGGAUUCAACUCCUUUGGGACUUUGAUGGGACAAGAUGAAGGGAGUCGCUUUCUCGGGAUCCGCUCGCAGCCCCUUGGUCCAGUGGAAUCCAGUGGAGUCCAUGUGGAUUAUGUGGGGGAUGGUAAAGUACUGGGACAGGGAGGAGGCCAAGGAUUUACCCCACCAAGUGGAGCCUGCUACCAUUUGUGGUGGGAUCCCCUUUCUGAUGUUGCCCUGUGCGCACUCACAUCAUUGAAGGCCAAUGCUUACCUGUUGCUGAGAGAUGGCCAUGAUAGUACAAGUAGUUGGAUUAUCUAG